UUGAUAUAUUUGAAAUCAUAUUAAUUUAGGGCAAGCAAAAAUAUCUUAAACAGAAUGUCGGUUCUUUCUGCUAUUCUCAAAACACUUUUUGUGAGUUUUGGAAUUGGAGGAAAACUCAUCAGCAAUGAACGUGAACUAAACUCGGACGCUCAACAACAACCCAGUGUAAGAAUUAUUGAACCAGUAUUUCGGAAAGUUUGUGAUGGGUUACCAACAUCGGAAGGUCCAGUUUUUGAUACAAAAGGAAAUUUUUACGCUGUUUCUCCAGGCACUAAAAGAACCAAUAAUGGAAGUGUAGACGAAUCUCAGUUUCGGGAUGAAUGGGCAGGAAAACUACAUAAAAUAAACUUGGAAACUGGCGAAAAAACUGACAUGUGCACUGCUUUAGUAAACGGAUUUGGUGGAAGACCUGCAGGAUGUCAAUCAGAUAAAUUUGACAACAUUUGGAUUGCGGAUAUUAGACUAGGACUUCUCAAGUAUUCUCCUGGAAGUAACGAUUGUCAACUGGUGAGCAACAAGGACGAUGAUGGAAACCUCCUUCAUGGCUGUAACGAUCUUGUUUUCGAUAAAAAUGGUAAUUUAUGGAUCACGGCACCCGGUUUGGAGGUCGCUCCAGCACAAGGGGAAGAAGCAACGGCAUAUACGAUAAUUGGCGGAAAUUUAUAUUUCCUUGAACAAGGUCACUCGACUCCAAAAGCGAUGAAUGAAUCAUUCCAAUUUGUGAACGGAAUUGCUAUAAAGGAUGAUUUACUAUUGGUGGCUGAAACAAUGAAGAGGCGCAUUUUAGCAUUUGACAUCGUAUCAAAAGGAGAACUGGCCAAUAGACGAGUUUGGGCUAAUUUGCCAGAAGCUGUAUACAAUAAUCCUAUGAAAAUUGGCGGGCCGGAUGGAAUGGAUUUUGAUAAUCGUGGAAGACUGCUGGUAACACAUCAUGGAAGCAGUCACAUUGAAGUUUUUUCAGCAACUGGAGUUUUAGAAGCCAGAAUCAAAUGUCCAUUUUUGAAACCCAGCAAUUUGCAUUUCAAACCUGGUAGUCGAACUUGCUACGUUACAGAACACGAAUUUGAUGGAGUAUGGGAGUUCCAGUGGGAAACUGAGGGGAGGCCAAUGAACUAUUUUAAUGAAUAAUAUAUAUAUUUGUGUUACAUUCGUAGCUGCCUGACCGUACUUGAACCAUGGAAAUAUUUUAAACAAAUUAUGUAGGCUGUAUAUGCAUAUGACUUGGACGUAUGGUUUACAACAGCGAAUUAAAACAUGACAUUAAAUUAACAUUAUUGAGAUAACUUAAUAUUUCCGGGAUGAUCAUAAUAUUCCAAUACAUUUAAUUGUAGAGAUGUAACUAUUUAUUUUUCUCAAACGAUGUGACAGUCUUGCAAGUAAUUUUCUUUUUUCGUUCAUUUUCAUUAUUUCUGGAACCCCUUAAAAAUAUAUUGUUUCACGCAUGUAAUACGAAAUCUCCCAACUGGAAGAAGUAGAAAUCGGCGAGUGUAAACUGUGCAUACACAUUUUCAUUUCAAUUAGACCCGUCAAAAUGAUAGACCGAAUGUCGAUAUCUAAUUUUUGAAGAUGCUCAUCAUUGUUAAAGACCUGCUCCAUCUUUGACGCCGCAGAAUUGCUCAGCAUAAUAUCAGCACACUCUACCAGACAAGGCUUUACUAAUGUCUCGCCGAUGUUGGGCUUUUUGGUCCUUGUCAUUCGCAAUGCAACUGCGAAGGCGCAGUCACUAUCACCUUUUUGCGUAUCUGAAACUGCGAUUUGUUUACCAAACUGAGAAUGGAUCUUUGAAAUAUAUUGCUUCAGUUGAUGGGGCUUCAUAGAACCUUUGGGUAGUGUGAUAAAUAAAAAAUGAAAUGAAAUAAAAACGGAAUAAAAAAUGCAAAAAGAAAAAAAAUUGAA